AUUUCAUCAGUUAAGUUGAAUAAUUUUUUUGUUUGUUGUUAAUUAUAAUUCACAUAUUGAGGUCAUCAUGUCGUCGUCUGUUGAUUUGCGAACAGUCUAUGCAUUUGCUCGUGAAUUUCACUCGAAAGGACCAAACAUUGGCAAAAUGCUCUACGGAACUGCUGGAUUUCGUACGUUACACGAUAAACUCGAAUUUAUAGCAUUUCGUAUGGGUAUCCUGGCGACCCUCCGAUCACGCACAUUCUCUGGUCAGGCAAUUGGUGUUAUGAUAACAGCCUCACACAAUCCUGAAUGUGAUAAUGGUGUCAAAAUUAUCGAUCCAAAAGGUGAAAUGCUUGAGAUGUCAUGGGAAGGAAUUGCCACAGAUCUCGUCAAUGUUUCGGACGAUAAACUUGAGUCAGAAGUUGCAAAAAUUAUUGCCCAACAAAAAGUCGACAUGAAUGCACAAUCAAAUGUUUUUAUUGGAAUGGAUACACGCUAUCAUUCGCCAGCGAUGGGUCGAGCUGUUGUUAAUGGAGUGCGAGCAUUAAAAGGAAACUUGAGGGAUUAUGGAAUUCUGACAACGCCAAUGCUUCAUUAUCUUGUAUUCUCGCAUAAUGUUAAAGGUGCUUAUGGAACCCCAACAGAAGCCGGGUAUGUUGCUAAACUUGUCACUGCCUUUAAAAAGUUACGAGGAGAGAAACUUGAAAAUGGAAAUUACAAGAAUUUCCUUCUUUUUGAUGGUGCCAAUGGAGUCGGUAGCUUAAAAAUGUUUGAAUUUAAUCGACAACUGGCCGGUACACUUCAAUGUCAAGUUUUUAAUGCAAACGGCAAAAUUAAUCAUAAUUGCGGUGCUGAUUAUGUAAAAACAAGUCAGCGACCACCAACUGGACUUCCUGAACAUGAGCCAAAUACACGUUGUGUUAGUGUCGAUGGUGAUGCUGAUCGUGUCGUUUACUUCUUUAUUGAUUCAAAUGGAACUUUUCAUUUACUUGAUGGCGAUCGAAUUGCAACACUUAUUGCUGAUUAUCUUAUGGAUUUGGUACAAAAAUGUGGAAUUUCUUUGAAACUUGGAAUUGUUCAGACUGCUUAUGCCAAUGGAGCAUCGACCGACUAUAUAGUCGAUCAAUUGAAAAUUGAUGUUGCGUGUGCGCAAACUGGAGUAAAGCAUCUUCAUCAUAAAGCAUUGGAGUAUGAUAUUGGUGUGUAUUUUGAAGCGAAUGGCCACGGAACAGUGAUUUUUAGUGAAAAGACAAAGGCAAAGCUCUCAGUUGCACUAAAUAGUACUGCGACAUCAGAAGAGAGACGGGAAGCAUUAAAUAAAUUACUUCUUACAAUCGAUCUGAUUAAUGAGACAGUUGGUGAUGCAAUAUCCGACAUGCUGCUCGUUGAGACAAUUCUACAUACCAAGGGAUGGGAUUUGAGUGACUGGCUUGCGACAUAUGAUGAUCUUCCGAAUCUUCAGCAGAAAGUAAAGGUCCAAGAUCGAAAUAUCUUUGAGACGACAGAUGCUGAAAGGAUUUGUGUGAAGCCUGAAGGUCUUCAAGAUAAAAUUAAUGAAAUAGUGAAGAAAUAUAAACGAGGACGCUCGUUUGUUCGACCAUCUGGGACUGAAGAUGUAGUUCGUGUCUAUGCGGAAGCAGAAAAUGCCGAUGAUGUUCAAUUGCUUGCUGCUGAAGUGUCAAUUUUAGUUUAUGAGAUGGCAAAUGGUGUUGGUGAGCGACCGAUGAUUCCACAUCAGAAAUUAUAGACAGACUUGGUGAUCAAUGACUGAAAAUUUAACUGGAAAAUUUAUUUUCCUAUCGAAUUUUCAUUAUGAUAAUAUUUUUUUUUUGAGAUUUACAUCACUGCCGAGAUUUUCAAAGGAAAUUUUUUAUAAGAUUAAAGCAUUUUAGAAUUUUUUUUAGUUCCAUUCCUAAAACAAAAAAAAAUUUUUGACAAUUUAAGUGAGAAAAGCUUGCUAGUGAUGCUUAAGAUACGAAGUUAAAUCCUUUCUAGUAUAAAUUAUUUUAGUAUUUUUGGUUUAUUUGUUGUAAUCUCUUUAUUUGGCCACAUUUGCAUGAAUUUUUCGAUGAUAUUUGGAAUGAGAUGAAGUCUCUUAAUUUUACUGAAUAGAACAAGUCUUUUAAUCGAUCAGAAACAUGGCACCAAACUGGUGUGACUCUGGCAUGGUGCUGGAUUUAAACUGAAGCCAGCACUAUGCUAGACUCAUGCCAACUUAAUGCCAGAUUUCAAUUUGAUUAAUCGGCUUGUGCUAUUCGGGUAUUCUAAGGAUAUCAUAAAGUGUAUUCUGAAGGUUAGGUUCACUUUAGGAACCUUAAAUGUAAAACAAAACUAAAGCUACCAUUGGAGGAAAAUUGGAAUUCAAUUUAAAUCUCAACCAAAUAUCAUAAAAACUAAAUUUAAAAACGUUAACAA